AUGAAUAAUUAUUCCAGAGAUCCACCUAGUAAAAUUUUGCUUCUUGUUAUAACUUAACUAUCUCCAACCUUUCCACUUUGUAAUGAUCUUCUCUUUGAACAAUUUAAUAAAUAUGGUGAAAUCAAAAAGAUUCUCAUUUUCGAAAGAGGAAAGGCUAACAAAGCAUUUGUUGAAUAUUAUGAUGUUAAACAUGCUAUAGAAGCUAGAAAAGAUAAAUUAGGCAAAUAUUUAGCUGAAGGAGAAGGAAAGUACUUACAUUUAAAUAAAUAUAGACUUACAAUACAUUUUUCUCGUCUUAAAAAUCUAGAUCUAGAAGUAGUUGAUAAAUCUCGUGGAACAGAUUAUACUUAAACAAGCAGUACAAACUCAGAUUCUAUGAAACACUCUAAUACUGAUGAUCCAAAUGUUCUUAGAUAAUAGAUUGAAUCAUUUACUCGUACUUUCACACAAACUUCUUAAACUAAUAUAACUCCUGCCAGAAAUGAUGAAAUUAAUAACUUAUUAAAUUCAGAUUCUGAUAAUGAUGAUGAUAUUGAUAUCUGGAAAUAAUAGAAAUUGUAAGCACCUUAAAUCUCAUAAGAUAUUUAAAAUAUUAUCACUCAAAAACCAUCCAAAAUUAUUAAAGUAACAACAAUAGAUGAAAGAGUUACUGCCAAAAUGCUCUAUAAUAUUUUUAACAAAUUUGGAAAUGUCGAAGAACUUCUAUAUGAAAAAUAAAUGUAAAGACUCUUUGUUAGAUAUUAAACUUAAGAAUUUGCUCAAAUUGCCAAAGAAUAUUUAAAUAAUAUUUAAUUUUUUGAUCAAUAAGUAAUCAAAAUAUAUUAACCUUUUUAGUGGCGAAUUUCUUAUCACCCUUUACAACAAUUAUAACCAACUACCAUUUCAGAUGAAUAUCUUACAUAUUAUAUUCCUAAUGCACCUAAAAUCAUUGUUCCUUUAUCAAAAACUAUCAUAAUAAGUGGUGUAACCGAAGCUAUGGAAAUUUCAGAAAUGAUGAGAUUAGUUGCUAAAGUCACUGGUAAUUCUUCUUAUUAUAUUUUAGAAAUUAAAAUUGUAGCUGCUAAUACUCUUGAAAUUACAAUGAUCAAUAUUUCAGAAACUUUAAAAAUCAUAGCAGUUUUCUCUGACUAUGAAUACAAAUACCAAAAAUUGAUUAUUUCUAUUAAAUGA